UUUUAGAAGCGAUGAGUGCUUCGAAGAAGUUUGAAGCAGCCCAGCAAGAGUUUUCAAAAAAUGACCCAGUUUUACAGCGGGUAUCACUGUUGCUUCGAAAGUAUCGCGAGGAAAUACAAGCCUUGCGGAGAGAAUGCAAAGAAAGAGAAAGAUUGAGAGAACGCUACGACCACUACAGAGUAAAAUUGGACGGGCUUGAGAAGAAGGGAAAGGAUAUGGAACGUAUACAAAGAAAUCAACAAAAGCUAAAAGAUUCAGAGGAAGCUUAUGACUCCAUAACACAAGAGCUUGUUGACAAAAUGGAACGCUGUUGGAAGAAACAUGUUUCUAUUUUUGCAGAAUGUACAAUGUGCUUAUGGAACAUCCAGUUUCAUAUGAUAUCAGAUUUAUCAAGAGUGUCCCAUUCAUUACAACCAUAUCGAGAUCAAUACUGUGAAGCCCUCAAAAUUGCUGCUUCUUCAACAUUGGAUAGCACCCACGAUGGAAACAAGUCUUCCGAUCAUCUUGAGAACUUAUUACAAAACAGCCGAUUGACCGAUACAGUAGAGGAAGAAAAACAUCAAGAUGGCUCUUCAGUAUCGCUAGAAAAAUAUGAGAAGCUAGUAGAACAAGAACCCUCUAUUUCAUCUACUCCUCAGUAUCAAAGUGCUAAAUCAACGGUGGUAUAAGUUGGUUUCUUUUUGUGAAUGAAUAGAUUUUGUUAGUUUCUUGGGAUCUAAUAAAAGUGUUCAAGGCAAA